CCUUAUGGUUCAGGCUGUAUAAAGGCACUAACGAACAUUCAAACUGAACAACUUGUUGAAGACGGUACACCAUUAAGAAGGAAUCAUACAUAUUGUUUGCAAAAUCCAAUAUUAUUGGUUUAAUUGGGCCACAUAAUUACCUUUCUUAAGACGUAUAUAAUGUCAGAUCCUGGAAUGGAAUAUAUGUUACUUAUUGUCUUACUGACAACAACAUCGUCCAUUGCGGUCACCAGAGAUGAAUUUGUGAAAGCACUGGAUUAUUUAGGGCACUACGGGUAUUUACACAUUCCACUGCAUAAUGGGGAUCAGCAAUAUGCUCCUGAGGAGGUAGAAGAAGCCCUCAGAAUCUUUCAAAGGGUAAAUGGCCUGAGCUCAUCUGGAGAACUAAACGCUGCAACGCUGGCAGUGAUGGGCAAACCUCGCUGUGGUCAAGCAGACCCUUUCACCAACAACUCCCUGGCAUAUCGAGUGAUAGGUAAAUGGCGCAAAUCGUCGCUGACCUACCGUAUCAAUAACUACACACCUGACCUGGGAUCAGCAAAGACCCGGCUGGCCAUCCAACAUGCAUUCAGGUAUUGGAGUGACGUGUCACCCCUAACGUUCAGGGAGGUCCGGCAAGGGAGGGCCGACAUCAACCUCUCGUUUCACCGCAAAGACAAAACAUGCCCAGUGCCAUUUGACGGCAGAGGGCAUGUGCUGGCCCAUGCAGACACCCCACAGUCAGGCAUCGUGCACUUUGAUGGGGAUGAGCUUUGGACCGAGGGGAAGCGCUAUGGCUCCAACCUGAGGAUCAUAGCGGCCCACGAGAUCGGCCACGCUCUGGGCCUGGGCCACUCUCAACUCCCCCACGCGCUGAUGGGGCCCGUGUACAGCGGCUACCAGUCCCACUUCAAGCUGCAUGCAGACGACAUACAGGGCAUCCAGGUGUUGUAUGGGAAGCCAGGGAAACGUGUGCCAUCGAGGAGUCCAGGCCUGUCAGUGCCAGCUGGAAAGGCCCCACAUCCUUGCAAAGCGACAAUAGACGCAAUCAUGUUGGGUCCGCAACAUAAGACAUAUGCCUUCAGUGGUCAGUAUGUGUGGACAAUGUCGGGAUCUACAUACAGCACGCCUACCCUGAUCUCUGCCCUUUGGAAAGAACUUCCGGGAUCCUUGAACGCCGCAGUCCACUCCCAGAGGACCGGAAAAUCCUACUUUGUGAAAGGGAAACAAUUGUGGAGAUAUACAACAUUUAAACUUGACCGUGGCUUUCCCAAAAAUAUGGCACAAAUUCCAGCUGACAUUGAUUCCGCCUUUUAUCAAAGAAACCCGAAAAGAAUUAUAUUCAUCAAAGGCUCACAGUAUUGGCAGUGGGAUGAAAUUGGAGUUACAGACUUCAAGUCGUAUCCAAAAGCUAUCCAAAAGCUUUACCGAGGGUUUCCUAGCAAUCCAAGUGCUGUAUCUACGGGGACUAACGGACACAUUUAUGUGUUCAAGGGAACCCAGUAUUGGCGUGUUAACAAACAAACAGUGGAGAAGGGCUACCCGCUAAACACAGCAGCAAAAUGGAUGCACUGUGAUGACUGAACCGCUAGAGGGCAACAAUGAUUCAAAGAUACUUAAUGCACCUUGUUUACAGAAGAGGAUUUUGUUUUGUUUAUUGUCAAGACUGACUGUCAAGUCUGAAUAUACAAGACAUACAUAAAACACUCAGGGGAAUUCAAAUCAUUUUCUUAUUAUUAUUAUAAUAAAGAGCAAUGGUUUCAAAGUGUUAUAUGCUGUCUCUUAAACAAAAUGUCCAAGCGAUUUCCAAUUUACAUUAAAAAGGCCAGGACUGAUUGACCAACAUAAAACAGGACUAGCUAUUGGAUGUUAUCAUUGUAGCACAUUCACAAAACAAUUAUUUAAUUUUUCUCAAAGGAUAAGUGCUGAGUAUGAAGCUGUAUGUAACUUUUAAUUCUCAAUAAUUCAUCCCAUCAUGUUACACAUUUCCCAUGAUGUUUUGUCUUGAAUAGCUCAAUACUUUCAUACUAGCAUUUAAAAUGUAAAAAAUCAUGACAUCAUGUACUGCGAAACACUGAAAUAUUACCAGUAUUGUGCAAGUAAAAAUAAGUAUUAAAUUACACUUAGUUUAGCUGUUAUGUGUGUCAUUCUGCUGAUUCUGAAAUAAAAAAAAUGUUAAAAAAAAUGAAUUGAAAGCCAUGGAAAUAAA